AUGGAGGAAGGUGAAUGUUCUUCAGGUGAUUCAAGGAAUCCCCUAUGGAGAAAACUAUGGCACUUAAACAUUCCUCCCAUGGUACGUAUUUUUGCUUGGAAAAUGUGUAUGAAUGUUCUCCCUACUUUUGUGAAUUUGCAAAGAAAAGGUGUAAAUAUUUGUGAUAUUUGUCCGGCUUGUGGAAUGGAGCCUGAAUCAAAUCUCCAUGUUUUUGUUAAAUGUGAAGUGGCUAAGAGAGUAUGGGGAUGUUGGCUAGAUAGUCCUAUUGAUUUGUUGAAUGUAAAUAUGGAUAUUAUAGAUAUUGCUAUGAAAUUUUUAAAUCUGAAAUUUAUUCUUGAGUUCAAAAGGGCCUUAAUAGCUUGCUCUCAAAGCUUGUCUAGGUCAGAAGGAAAGUGGAUAGCGCCUCCUCCAGGGGUGUUCAAAAUCAAUGUUGAUGGUGCUACAUCUGAAAUUGAUAGAAACUCAAGUGUGGGAGUUGUUAUAAGGGAUGCAACUAGUAAUGUUCAUGCUACUUGCUGUAGAUAUCUUCAGGGUCAACACUUGGUGGAGGAAGUUGAAGCGCUGGCUAUGGAGUGUGGUCUCCUUCUUGCCAAAGAGCAUGAGCUUUCCCAAAUUAUCUUGGAAUCUGAUACUUUAACAGCUGUUUCUAAUGUCACUGCAGCUGAAACUAGUGGCUGUCUUGGCCAUGUUUAUCAGGGGAUUCUUAGUAUGCUUUCUCCUUUUAGUAGCUGGAAAAUUAAGCAUGUAAAAAGGGAAUACAACAGGGCAGCCCACGAGCUUGCAUAG